AUGGAAGCUCCGUCCGCUACAAAGGACAACCUCUUCAAGGUUUUCCUGCGACUCCGACCGCCUCCUGUCGGGGUCGCGCCUAGUGAGCGCUUCCUGACAGUUGAACCGCAGAGUUCGGAUUCGACAUCAUCUACGCCCACUCACGUCACGUUGACGCCGCCAAGUAACGCGAGAAAGCAUGCAACGGAAAAGUAUUGUUUCACCCAGGUGCUGGAGGAGGAUGCAUCCCAACUCGACGUUUUUCAGGGUACUGGAGUGAUUCCACUCAUCGAAGGGGUGCUGGGACCCAAUGGAGGGGAUGGUACAGAUGCACUUUUGGCGACGUUGGGUGUCACCGGUGCCGGCAAGACACAUACGCUUCUAGGCUCCAAGACGCAGCGAGGCAUGACGCAGCUGUCUCUUGAAGUGCUCUUCCGCUCUAUCGGCCAGAACAUCGCUACCCCUGGCGCUUAUCCACCACUCGAGACCUCAGUGGCAGCUUACGAUGCGUCAGAAGCAACCAUUCUCUCAGCCUCUGCAUUCCUCGAGUCUGUCUUUGCCGAUCCACACGGUCCAUCGCGCUCGAACUCAAGAGCGCCAACUCCCAUGAUUGUAGGCGACCCUAACAUACCACCCCGACCAGUUUUGGCUUCCCAAAUACUGGCAACUACCAGUGUAAAUGAUCACCAAACACAAAGCAAUGCUGAGUCCCUUUAUGGAGGGGCUCUCCCAGGAGCCUUCCCCGAAAGCCCGAAAAGUUCUCGGAUUCUUCGGCGAGGAGACUACAUGACUAUGUCUUCCCCGGCACCUUCCACCCCUACCAAGAAGCCUGGAGGGUUCUGUGGUCCAGCGGCCACGAUCAGAAGGGAGAAACCCCCAAGCCAACAUUUCAUGUCGGCCACCAUGUCCACUAUUAAGAGAAACAUUGUUACUAAGUCUAGCCUCUCGCCUUCAAAGGGUGAAUCUACAGCUCCGCCCGCGACGCCCCGCCGACUCCUAAACCGGCCGUCCUCAUAUCCGACGGUUCCUGAUGUCGGUGCCAUCAGCGUCUCUUGCGAUCCUUCUGCCGAAUACGUCGUUCUCGUGUCGAUGUACGAAGUUUACAACAAUGCGAUUCACGACUUGCUUACGCCUCCCAUCCGGUCCGCUGCCACAAAAGAGUACCGCCGACGGGCUCUGCUUUUCAAGGCGACCGAACUUUCACCUGACCGCAAAGUUGUUGCCGGAUUGAAGAAGGUUCUUUGCACUAGUCUGCAACAGGCUCUUAUGGUCUUGGAAGCUGGACUUCAAGAGAGAAGUGUUGCAGGAACAAACAGUAACCGUACCUCUUCCCGAAGCCACGGCUUUUUCUGUGUCGAAGUUAAAAAGCGCAGAAAGAGCAGGCGACAGGGUCAUGGUACCGAGGCUCCUUGGGCCGGCAGCACAUUUACCAUUGUCGACCUGGCAGGAAGUGAACGUGCUCGCGAGGCCAAGACCACGGGAGUGACCUUGGCAGAGGCGGGCAAGAUUAAUGAGAGCUUGAUGUAUUUCGGACAAUGCUUGCAGCUCCAGGCGACUGCUGGUAACUCGGCAAAGCCGACAAAUCUCUCAUUCCGCCACUGCAAAUUGACAGAGAUUCUAUUCUCCAACAAUUUUGCUUCGAACGGGUUCAACAAGUCGUAUUCAGCACGACGCGCUCCCCAGAAGGGCGUUCUGAUUGUCAACGCCGACCCUCAUGGCGAAUUUAGCUCCACCUCACAGAUUCUCCGGUACAGCGCUCUGGCUUGUGAGGUCAUGGCACCACGGAUACCAUCCAUCACCCAGACGAUCCUAGCAGCCGCCGCAAAAACGAUUCACCCUAACAGCCAGAGGGAAGCUAAUAACUCGAUGUUUCUUUCAUCCUCGCCCAUUUUGUCGUCUCCUGCUUUGCAUCACAGGCCGUUCUUCCCCCCAGGUAGUGUGGCUGGCUCGUCAAACUCAGUACCUCAGUACAGCGACAACAGCCCCAAUGUGCAAAGAACGUUUUCACCAGUCAGCAACUCCUCCUCGGACGAGCGGGCUACUAUGGAGGCAGCAGCUCUGGAAAUCGCGAGGCUAUCGGAGGAGCUCGAGUAUAUGCGAUCGUCAUACGAGACAGAACGGGCAAGACGUGUUGAGGCAGAGGAUCAGCUGUUGUCAGUGGAAGACCGCUUACUAGACCUUGAGCAGGAGAUUCGCGAAGACUGCGCGGCCGAAUUUGAGCAGCGUCUUGCCGUGGAACUCGCAAGGUGGAAAGCCUCGAUGGAACUAGAGAAGGAACGAGGCGAGGAGCACUGGGACCGCAAAAUUGAGGUCUAUGAGCGUGCUGCGAACGUGCAGGUGCUCGCAACUGAUGGCGACGAGAACGAUGGCGACAACAAGGAAAACGUCCUCAUCGAGAACCUUGAGGAAGAGAACGCCCGUCUGCGCCGUGAGGUUCAAGUGCUCAAGCGUGAGCUUCUAGGUCGGAGUCCGACCAAACGCAAGCCACUGGCCGAGAGGGAUGAUCUGGCCACCGAGGAUAUGGCAGCGCCGCACCAAACGGGGGAGAGUCUGCACAGCAAGAUGGAACAGCUGAGAGUCAGCGAGAGCGGCCGUGCAAGCUCAGCUUCCAACUCGAGUCGAGCGACCGUCCAAAGCACUGCUGGUGGAAGUCCCAGGAAAGUGCGCAAGCUGGUGGCCAAACGGUGGGAUUUAUCUGCAGCCAACGACGAUGGUUUCUGA